CCAGACUGCUCUGCGCUGCUGUUUCUCGUCCUUGUUCUCCGCCAUCGUGAUCCAACGUAAAGUGGUGUGUGAGGUUGGUUUACCUCGUCGCGUUACCUGCGCGCGUAGAUAAUUGCAAGUUUCCGUUUCGAGUCGCACAAAUGAAGAUGGUAGACAAAAUAGAGAUGAGUCUGGACGACAUUAUCAAGCAGACCAAAGGCGCCCGUGCACGGGGCGGCGGCGGUGGUAGACGCGGUAGAGGCGCCGGCAGCUCGCCUCGUCGUGGGACACGCAGGGCCCAAAGACCUGGCGGAGGUGUCAUGCGAGGUCGUAGCCGCGGUGGUAUCACGCGCGCUUCCCUACCAUACACAAGGGGUGAUGUAAACAGUGCGUGGAAACAUGAUAUGUUUGAUGGUGUGAAAAAAAUUGGUCGUGGUGCAAUAGGCAAUGCAGGAACGACCAAACUUCUGGUAUCAAAUCUGGAUUUCGGCGUUUCAGACUCAGACAUACAGGAAUUAUUCAGUGAAUUUGGACCUUUAAAGUCGGCAGCUGUACAUUAUGAUAGGUCGGGCCGAUCUUUAGGCUCUGCAGAUGUCAUAUUUGAAAGACGGGCAGAUGCUAUCAAAGCGAUGAAACAAUAUCAUGGAGUACCCUUAGAUGGUCGUGAAAUGAAUAUACAGGUUGCUACAAGUGAAUUGCCAAUCACCUCUCCUCGUAGCGGCCCCAGACUUAGCGGUGCUAAUUACAUACAGAGACCUCAGACCCGUUUUAGAGGAAAUCGUGGCGCAGGAUCCAUUAGAGGUCGUGGUGGCCCUCGACGAGGAGGUCGAGGAGGUGCUCGGCAAGUGACGAAAACGCCUACUGCCGAGGAGUUAGAUGCAGAACUGGAAGCUUACGUGAAGGAAGUAAAGUAACAACCACCACAAAAAAAACUCUUCAUUCUUAAUUAAGAACUUGUUCUCAUUUGACUUAACACAAUACACUGUGUUGUCCUUAUUUUCAUAAACUUAUGUAGUAUAAAUAUAAUACUAUCUCUAUAUACUAAAAAAAAAAGAAAUCUAGUAAGAUAUUAUAAAGAGAGUUUCUCAUUUAAUUGAAUUAGUUUUUAUUUUUGACGACUCCUCCGGAAAUGUGUGCAUAACAACUAAAUUUUACGAAAAAGAACUUAAGCAUCACUCGUAGAUAAUCAUAAAUUUUUUUAUGAUAUGAGUAAGAAGGAUAAAAAGAAACAAAUCUAUGAUGUAAAGACUGUAAGAGGAUUUGUAUGUAUUCUAUCGUGCGUGUGUGAUCAUCAGAUGAAAAAUACAGUGAGAUUCAUCUAGAAAA